AUGCAAAAUUCAGCCGAAAAAGAAGAAUUCAAAGGUUACCUCGAAAAAACUGGUGUCAUUGAUGCCUUAACAAAAGUUCUCGUUGGUUUAUAUGAAGAAUCUGAUAAGCCAUCUGAUGCAUUAGAAUUCAUAAAGAAACAUCUUGGAAAUUCAUUAGGUAUUGAUGUUGACGCUUUAAAACAAGAAAACGCUGAUCUUAAAGCAGAAGUUCUCGCUUUAACUCAAAGAGUAGACGAUUUAUCAAAAAAAUUGGAAGCUGCUAAUAAACAAUAA